AUGUCGACUUCAAGUGGGGAACUGCAUGUCAGCAACACGACUGCUGUAGUGCCGUCAGUUUUUCUGGGUCUCUCUAUCGUCUUCGUCGGACUGCGUAUUUUGGUACGAACGAAAUUACUAGGCUCAUUCUUGACUGAAGACUGGCUCUGCUUGGUAGCUCUGAUUUUCUUUGUCGCUCAAACUGGUCUGCUACUAGGAUUCGACGCAUUGCUGGCGUCGCCGAAGCUUGACUUGGGGAUCCUCAGAAAAAUCAUCAAUUUUGUCAUAUCAGACGUUGUUUUGUACCUUUGCGCAUCAAUUGCGCUCAAGCUGUCGCUUGCCUUUUUCUUUUUGCGAUUCAUUCUUAAGCGCUGGCAAAGGAUUCUUAUCUGGACUUUCUUGGCAAUCUUCAUCGCCGACAGCAUCUCCUCCAUUUUCUUGGUACUCUUCUGGUGCUCCGAUCCGACAGAAUACGCUACCAAGACUUUGACGGGACAAUGCAGUGGCACCAGCAGAGCUUUGAACGCGGCCAACAUCCUGCAGGGUGUGCUUAACGCAGCGACAGAUUGGCUCUUUGCGACGCUUCCCAUCUUCGUCGUUGUGAGAACCACAAUGAAUAAGCGAGAAAAAGCCAUCGUUACAUGCAUAUUCGGUCUUGCAGUCGCCGGCUCUAUUGCCGCCAUACUGAGGGCGGUGUACUGGCCGGCUCUGACGAAAGGUUCGUUGUCCGGCUUCCGAAGAGGUAUGAUGUGGUGUACUGUAGAGAUUGGUGCCGGCAUCAUUGCCUCUUCCGCUGCAACACUUAGACCAAUACUUAAGAAGAUGAACCUAAGCGAGCGCUGGAGUUGGGACGGUAGCGGCGGAAAUCAAAUAGACGCAAACAGCGAGCCGGAACACCCCGAAGAUGUGGAGAAGAUAGGCUCCCCUUCGUCGACUGGUACUGGUACGGAAUUGUUCAGUGCGUCUACUAGAGAAUGGUGGGAUACAGAAUCUGUCUCGCCGAAUCUGGAGAGGAUUACGUUGGUGGAUGCUACGCAGUCCAAGGCUAUGACGGCAGCGAGAAGAAUGAGCAAGGACUAG